AUGCGGAACCUCUUUGUCGCACUUCCCUUCCUGUCUGGCCUCGCUGUGGCUGUGGCUUUCCUCUUCAACUGGUCAGCGGCCUUGGACCGAAGAGCACCAGUCUACCUGCAGAGGCGAUUUGUCAACUCGACCGAGCUUGACGCAUGCAAGGCGAUCGCCGCUGCAAAGGUCAAGGUCGUCUACCCUCUCGACUUGACCUACUACAGUCUGAUCGAGCACUACAUGACCACGUCAACGCAAACCUCUACCUGUGUUGCCGUUCCAGCUUCGCCUGCCGAGAUCUCGUCAACGAUCAAGGUGAUCGGAAGCAGGCGAAUUCGAUACGCUGUCCGAGGGGCUGGUCAUGCUUCCAACCAGGGCUUCUCAUCCACUAGCGGUGUGCAUAUCAGCAUGAACAACUUUAAGCAAGUCAUUCUCAGCGAUGAUAAGAACACAGUUGAUGUUGGACCCGCCAACGUGUGGGAUGAUGUCUACAAAGGUCUCGAGGGCACCGGCGUUGCUGUUGUUGGCGGCCGUGUCUCGGGCGUCGGCGUCGGUGGAUUCAUCACCGGCGGUGGUGGCUACAGCUACAAGACGAACCAGUACGGUCUCACUGGUGACACUCUGGUUUCAGCUGAUCUCGUCCUACCUGACGGCACCAUUACGUCGGCUUCGGAGUCGCAGAACGCUGACCUCUUCUGGGCGAUUCGCGGUGGCGGUAACAAAUUUGGUAUUAUCCACAACUUCAAGCUUAAGACUGUGCCUCAGGGCCAAGUCUGGGGUGGUCUGCGUACCUACACCGCCGACCAGGUAGACGCCGUCGUCAACGCUACUCUGGAUUUCUCAGAAAACAGCAAAGACCCCAAGGCAUCGCUGCUGCCUACUUUCAACUUUCUUUUGGGCCAGCCGGGUGUGAUCGCACUCGCCUUGUACGAUGCACCCACGCCUCCUGCUGAUGCUUUUCGUCAGUUCACCGCCGAAGAUGCGCCUCGUACCUUCACCAACGACUGGAAGACGCGUAGCAUUUUGGACCUUGUCAAGAGUGCACCCUCUGAUCUCAACAGCGGACAGCGAGGUGCGUUCCACACGGUAUCACUGCAAAAGUACAGCAAGAGCCUACUCGACUUGAUCGUUAGCGAGUCCAAGUUCUACGGCACACAGGGCAUUCUUCACAGCGCGACCCUGAUCUCGUACGACGUUGAGCCCUUCCUUCCCUACUCGCAAUACGCCAAGGACGGCGCAUGGCCUCACAGCACCAAUGCUCUACCGCUCAACCUCUACUUUGCCUGGACCAACCCUGCCGAGGACAACUUCUGGCGCAACGCCAUCAAAGCCUCAGCUGCCAAAAUUUCGGCACAGGCUAGGAGCGAAGGUCAAAACUUGGACGAUCUUUACCUUUACCCCAACUACGCCAUCGCUGAGACGCCUUCUUCGGAGCUGUACGGUCCAAACCUCGGCCGUCUCUCUACGCUCAAGAAAAAGUACGACCCUCAAGGCGUCACUGAUUUGACUACAUACUUCUCCUUCUAA